AUGGCGCCAGUGGCGCUAGCGGCCGGCACGGCGCAUCGUCGUCGGAAAUGGCCGGAAGCGCGUCCUCUAGUCUCUGGACGCGUCACACGCAAGGCGCUGGUGCUUAUUAAGGAGCUGAAAACGAAGCCGCCUGCUAACGAGGAUGAGCUGCAUCAGAGGCUCGAAAACUGGGUGAAGGGCGUGCGGCCGCACCGCCGGGAUUUGAUUGACACGAUCAAAGAGAUGGACACGGCUGAUACCAGGGAGCUGCUGUGCCAGGUCAUGCAGUGGUCUCUAUCGGAGGAAUGGUACGAGGCUGACGCUCGGGACUACACGAAGCUGGUGGAGAGGUUCGGCAAGGACGGGCGGCUGGGGGAGAUGGAGCGAGCCUUCACAGGCAUGGAGGCGGACGGGAUAGCUCCAGAUUUGAUCUCCUUCUCUGUGAAGAUCAACGCUUAUGGGCGGGCCAAGGAG